GACGUCUCUCCACCAUCGGGUGAAAGAUCUCCAAAGGGGCAUAACCCAUGGCUGGAGAAAUUUACUAUACCAAACCAGGUACGGUGGUUUUGCAACUCAGAAAACUGCAAACACCUCUAGCUGAAAUAUCUCAGAAAUGUUGAAUAAGGAUUGACCAAACAGCACCUGCAAACCGCAAACCCUAAACCUAACUCUCGUGUAUUUAAUGAUUUAGCUUAGUGAGCUUGCGGCUGAGUAUAGUGUGAUUUUAAUUCGCAUUUGAUGUCACUGCCUCAAAAGACUGUUAAAAGAAAUAAAUUGGUCCAUUCCAAUUGUUAAAAGUUGAAAACCUUUACAAAAUGGCUGCACUACCAUAUUUGUUGGCUGAUAAACGAAGAGGGACACAGAUUACUGCCAGUUUCUUUUGGAAGAGAGCAAAGGUGAGUUAACAGCAAAGUCACAGUGAGGAUCCUUCACGUAAACAGACUUAAAGAACGUCUACGUUUACCCCUUAAAGACAUAAUUUAUGACCGAGUGUACCUGUUAUUUGAUAAUAGCACUUAUUUUUUCUUGUUCCCUACAUUCACAUGUUGGAAAUGAAGAUGAAAGAGUGGCAGAGCUGACUAAGAAAUCAACAUCCCCCACGCCCAUUACCACUGGGGAGUAAAAGAAUAUAGAUGAACUUUACUUGGUCUCUGAAGCCAUGGUAGCGUGCCGGUUUAAUCCACCAAAACAUCCUAAAUGCAGUAGCUACCCUACUGGGUAGUUUUGACUGCCAUAAUAUGGUAUUUCUUAAAGGUUCUGGUGGGGCUAGAGAAAAAAUUGUUGCUGGUUUUAGAGCACACACUCUUAGGUUAUACAAGUGCAAGUCUGCCAUUGUCUGUGGAAAAUGUUUUGUCUGACUUGCAGAUGGUGAAGACUUAACUCUUCCUAGAUAUUACUUAUAUGUUGCACUGAAUAUCCACGUUAAUUCUAAAUCUUCUAAUCUGUAUGUAUUCAACAAAGCAUUUUCUGUGACAAUGCAUUUUUCUUAAGUGUUCAUCUGAUUGCAUUAAAUCAGAUUUCCCAACUGAUUCUAGACUUUCUUGAUUUACUUCUACUUAAGGGGGUUCUGCCUAAAAAAAACCUUUUGUACAAUUUACCCAUGUUUCAGUCUUUUGACAGAGAUGCAGAAUUUCAAUUCAAAUUUGCUACAGUUUAAGGAAGCAGGGCUGAGUGUUCAGUCAUAUUUCUUGUCCUGCUUUAAAUUCUUGUAUAAGAAACCCAAGCAUUUUGUACUUGCACUGUUGUAUUAUAACCCUUUCUAUGAAGUUGUCAACUAUGUUGUUGUUAUUUGGAGAGGACGGUUAACAUAACCAUUAAAAAUAUUGCUGAAGACUACUAUUGUGAGGUUACUGUCAUUCAUUACUAUCGGUUAAAACAAUCUCAAGUGAAAUGGUUUAAGCCACCACCUCUUGACUACUAAAUGGGUUACCACAGAUUCAUCGCCAGUACCCAAAAAACUGGUUUACCAUAACCACAAAAAAUGGUUAUUGUAACCAAUCAGUAUGGCUUGAAAAUUAUUUAACCUUUUAUUUCAGUUACAAUAACUAAGAAUUUUAAGUUAGUUUAACAAAAAAGUGGAGGUUAUAAUAAACAAUUAUUAAAUGUUAGCAGAAGCAGUGUUAGCUGUGGUAGAAACAAUCAAUUUUUAGUGUUAAUGCCAGAAAGAAAAGCUCGUUCAACGGAAAUAAAAAUGGUUAACUGGACCUGAAUGUUUGGGUUAGUGUAACCUAAAAAAUACACUUUCCUGGGAUUCAAGUAGUAACCGUUUUCCAGGAGUCACUAUAACAGGACAGUUUUACAGUGUGACGUCAAAAUAUGUAAUUUUACCAUGGAAAAGAAUAACCUUGAAGUACUUUUUAGUAUUUACGACUCUAAGAUUUUCCCGCCAAAAAUUAACUUCCUCAAGACAAGUCUGGGUCAAAUUCCGUAUCCCAAUCAGGUGAGGCCGCAACGGAUAAUGUCUCAUGAGUUCAGCACAACUAUACAUAAUUGAAGAUCUAGAUGGUUACCAUUUGGCUAAAUCAGGUGCUGGCGACAAAGAAUGCGGGAGAGUUUGCAAAGGAGAAGACACAGAGUCCUUCAGACGAUGAAGCUCUGGCUAUGUGGGUCUACUACCACAAAAGAUUUAAGGUGUUAGGAACG